AAUCUUGCCUGUAUUCCCAUUAAUGAUAAUGAAGAACCAUUUAUUCUUAACAAGUGGCUUUGGUAAACAUGGAGGAAAAUAAAGACGUCCGUUUGGACAUUUUCUAUUGAAGCAAAACUCUCAUGACAGUAGCUUCUUCCUCUUUUGCAUUAGUGUCUCUGUGGUGACAGCUGUGUUUGAGCCAACUCACUAAGAGGUCAGAAGGUGGGACUUGGGAUGGUGAUGCGUCUGAAAGCCCUCAGUCCCCUCAGGGUCUGUUGACUCUCCUCAUUGAAUAAAUGCCCCCGUCGUUCUUACCGAAAAGUGUCUCUUUACGGGAUUAGGCCCUGACAAACACGUCUUUAUUCUGUGGCUUAGGCUCCAGCUCCCCCACAGUCACCUACAGCGCCCUAUAAUGUUUGACUGGGUGAAGUUAAAGGAUGUGUCUGUCACAGAUCUGGUGACCAAUGCCUGACCUUCCAGCUGUGCCAUUGCCACUGAACAUCCAAUGGAAGCAAGUUCAGAUGCUACUGUACAUCCCAUGAGUCAACCCCCGCAUUUAAAACCCAAGCUCUGUGGUCCUGCUCCUCUCAUAAAGCAAGAUAUAAUGUCACUGCGCGCUGCUGGACAGAUCAAGAAUAUUAAUAAUAAAACAGUGAUGAAAAAUACAUGAAGAUUAACUAACAAGCCAGGGAAUUAAAAAUCCAAAGGCUGACAAAAGCACUUCACAGGAAUUUGAAUCACAAAUAUUCAGAAUAGGAUGAUGGAGACACUUCUGCUGACUCUGCUUGGACUUCACACUGUGAUGGGAAUGGGACACUGGUGUGAACAUGUGGUGGAGCAGAGAGUGCAGCGAGUCCUGUCUCCACGUGUGCAGCUGGAGGUGAGCUGUACUGAGGUGUAUCAGUAUAACACGCAGGGCUGGAGGCUUGAUGUGGACAGGAUGCGGGUCAAACAUGGAGGUGAUGACGGCAUUGCACUAUACUACAAACAGAAAGGGCCAAAGGCAUCCUGCUUUUUGUACAAGCCUCCAGAGAUGGAGAAUGAGACAGUGAAUAAGACGGUGAGGGCGUGCUGUGAGGGUUGGAGCGGCCCACGCUGCUCUGAGGGUGUGGGUGUGCGUGGUCGCUGUUACUCUACUUGGAGUUGCGCUGAGUUUCCUGGAGUUCAUAACUCCUCCCUGAUAUCUAUGGAUCAGUGCUGCAGCAGCAUGUGGGGACUGACCUGGAGAAACGCCUCUGAUCACACCUGCUUGUCUUGCACCUAUACUCUCCUUCCUGACUCCCAGUCCUCCCCACUGGUGCGCAGUGGUUUGCUGGGUAGCUCUCGGGUGCCACAGGGCUCAGCCACCUGCAUGUCCUGGGGUGGAGCUCAUUACCGCACUUUUGACAAGAAGCACUUCCACUUCCAGGGCAGCUGCACUUACCUGCUGGCCUCUUCUGCUGAUGGCACAUGGGCAGUUUACAUCAGUACAGUCUGUGAGGAGAGAGGCGACUGCAGUAAAGCUUUGAAAAUGAUGCUGGGUCUCGAUCUGGUGUCAAUUCAUCUCAGGAACUUAACACUGAACAAACUUCCUGUUGCUCAUGGACAACCUCUUUUCCAAAACGGAGUGAGUGUCCACUGGCUGGGGGACUUUGUUUUUGUGGAGAGUGGCCUUGGUGUGAGAAUCAAGUUUGACCUGUCCAAUACAGUUCAUCUGACAGUGACUAGUGAGCACCUGGCAGCCACAAGGGGGCUCUGUGGAGUCUACAACAACAACCCUGAUGAUGAUUUUACUACAAUGGGUGGAACUGUGUCCCUGUUUGCUGCCAGCUUUGGUAACUCAUGGAAAGUUCCUGACCAGCAGAAUGAAGACUGCAGUGAUGCAGCUGAGCUUGGUCACAGCUGUGAUGUCUCAGGAGACCCUGCUUUACGUAGGCAGGCAGAAUCUGUGUGUCAUCAGCUGCUGGAAAAUCCCUUCAAACACUGUCACUCGAGGUUGGACCCAGCAGCAUACAUGGACUCCUGCCUCUACCUGUACUGCAGCCUCCCUCACAAAGAGAGGGAGGCUGCAGUGUGUGACACUCUGGCCAGCUACGUCAGAGAGUGUGCCCAGCAGCACAUCAUCAUAAUGUGGAGGACAGCCACGCUCUGUGGUCGUGUCUGUCCCAGAGAUCAGGUGUUUUCAGACUGUGUGUCCUCCUGUCCUCCCACCUGUGCAUCCCCUCAACCCCCGGGGCCAGCUGCAGCUGUUGGACAGUGCAGGGACGAGUGUGUUGGAGGCUGCGAGUGUCCACCAGGCCUCUAUCUUCACCAAGGCCUCUGUCUGAAGAGAGACAGUUGUCCUUGUUUCCACCGCAGACACACAUACCAGGCAGGGGACAGGAUAGAGCAGAGGUGCAACACUUGUGUUUGCCAAGCAGGCCAGUGGCAGUGUACUGGGGAAAAGUGUGCUGGCCAGUGCAGCCUGAUGGGGGCGCUACAGGUGACCACCUUUGAUAAAAAGAGGUAUUCACUACAGGGUGGAGACUGUUCCUUCACUGCUGUGGAGGACUUUGUUGACAGGAAGCUUGUGGUCAGGGUGCGCUGUGGAGAGUGUACAGCAGGAGCAGGAGGAGGAGGAGGCCUGGGUUGUCUCAGGGAGAUAUCAGUAACAGCACUUCGCACAACUGUCACUAUCACAGACUCUGGGACAGUGAUGUUAAAUGGCCAGAGAGAGAACUUACCUGUGGUGACAGGAGACCUGGUUGUACGUAAGGCCUCGUCCUCCUUUCUCCUCAUCCAGACGUUCGGAGCUCAGCUUCUCUGGUAUCUAGAUGGACCUUUGGCCCUCAUCACCUUACAGCCAGGUUUUGCAAACAAGGUGCGUGGCCUAUGUGGAACAUUGACCUGGAACCAGCACGAUGAUUUUACCACCCCAGAAGGAGAUGUGGAGAACAGUGUGUCCUCGUUUGCUAGUAAAUUUACAUCAGAGCCCUGUACUGUACCUGGAGGAGCUCCACCUGAUCCCUGCACUACAUACACUCAGAGGAGAGACUAUGCAGAGACGGUGUGCUCCAUCAUCCACAGCAGUGUCUUUCAGGGUUGUCAUGACACAGUGGAGAGGGAGCCAUAUUUCCGUCUGUGUGUGUCAGAGGUUUGUGGCUGUGCUCCACAGAAGGUGUGUCACUGCACCGUCCUCACUGCCUACGCUCGCCACUGCGUUCAGGAGGGUGUCGCCGUCCAGUGGCGCAAUCAUACCUUCUGCCCGGUCCGGUGUUCAGGGGGUCAGGUGUAUCAGGAGUGUGGACGUGUGUGCGGCAGCUCCUGCUCAGACUUGCAACAAGGCUGGAGCUGUGAUGAAGGCAGUGGAGUGGGCCUUCAGAUGUGUGUUCCAGGUUGUCAGUGCCCACCAGGACUAGUGCAGGACCACCAGAGCCAAUGUGUGCCCGUCACUAUGUGCCCCUGUGUGCAUGAGGGCAACAUGUACCAGCCCAGGGCUGUUAUUCAGAACAACUGUAAUACCUGUGUGUGUGAUCGCGGGUCGUUUAACUGCAGUCAGGAGCGCUGUGAGGAGGUGAACCCCUGUCCAGGCUCUCUGGUCUACUCUCCACGCUCCUGCCUCCUCACCUGCUCCAGCCUGGACCCUCCUGGACAACAGCAGGGCACCAGUGUGGGACAGUCGAGCUGCAAAGAGCCUCUGUCUGGUUGCAUCUGUCCACAGGGAACUGUCCUCCUCGGCGAUGGCUGUGUUCUUCCAGGCGAGUGUCCAUGUCACCAUAACGGUCAACUUUACUACACUAAUGACACCAUCACCAAAGACUGCAACACAUGUGUGUGUAAGCAGCGCCGCUGGCUCUGCAGCCAGGCCGCCUGUGCUGGUGUGUGUGUGGCGACUGGGGAUCCACACUACGUGACCUUUGACGGCCGCUCGUACUCUUUCCUGGGUGACUGUCAGUACGUGCUGGCGAGGGAGAGCAGCGGUUUGUUCAGUGUCACAGCGGAGAACGUGCCGUGCGGGAGCAGCGGGGUCACCUGCACGAAGUCGGUCACCCUCAGUCUGGCAAAUACCAUCAUACACCUGCUGAGAGGUAAAGCGGUGACGGUAAAUGGGAUGCCAGUUACUUUACCAAAGUCCUACAGUGGCAGUGGACUGUCGCUGGAGAAGGUUGGCCUGUUUGUGUCCCUCUCCUCUCGACUUGGGGUCACUCUGCUUUGGGAUGGAGGAAUGCGUGUGUAUGUGCGUCUGGCUGCUCACCUGCGGGGUCAGGUUGGGGGCUUGUGUGGUAACUUUGAUGGAGAUACAGAGAACGACUUCACAACGAGGCAGGGCAUCAUGGAGUCCACACCUGAGCUGUUUGGAAACUCUUGGAAGGUCAGCCCCUCCUGUCCUGAUGUGGCAGAUCAGGACCUACGAGACCCAUGUGCUCUGAAUCCUCACAGAGUGAUGUGGGCCAGGAGAAAGUGUGCAGUGGUGACACAGGGACUCUUCUCUCAGUGUCACGCUGAGGUGCCAUUUCAGCAGUUCUACGACUGGUGUGUGUUUGACGCUUGUGGCUGUGACUCAGGAGGAGACUGUGAAUGUCUCUGCACAGCCAUCGCUGCCUAUGCUGAAGAGUGUAACCGCUGUGGCGUCUACAUCCGCUGGAGGUCGCAGGAGCUCUGUCCUCUGCAGUGUGACAACGGGCUGGUGUAUGAUCCCUGUGGUCCUGCUUGUUCUUCCUCUUGCCCCAGUGUUCAGUCCAGCAGUCCACACUCUCAGUGUGGGGCCCUGUCCUGUGUGGAGGGCUGUUUCUGCCCUACAGGCACUGUACGACAUGGCGACAGUUGUGUUGUUCCCACUGAGUGUCCAUGUGAGUGGGAGGGGUCUAUGUUUCCACCUGGAACCACCAUCACUCAACACUGCCAGAACUGCUCCUGUGAGGAUGGUGUGUGGCGGUGUGAUGGUGCAGCCUGUCCUCCGCCCUCACCUCCCUGUCUGGAGACAGAGUUCACCUGUGCUCGGGGCCGUUGCAUCCCCUCUCACUGGGUGUGUGACAAUGAGGAUGACUGCGGAGAUGGCUCAGAUGAAGUCUGUCCAUCCACCUGCUCCCCGGACCAGUUCCACUGUGACAACAGUCCAAGUGGACCAUGUUUGGACCUGGCUCUGCGUUGUGAUGGCCACCCAGACUGUACUGACCAGUCAGAUGAGGACUUCUGUGGACCUGCCACCCCCGUGCCCCUCUGUCCACCGGGAGACUUUCAGUGUGCCAAUGGAAAGUGUUUGCCAGCCAGUCAAGUGUGUGAUGGACGACUGGACUGUGGCUUUGCUGAUGGGUCUGAUGAGCAAGACUGCGGUGUGGUAUGUGAUGAAGGGGACUUCCUGUGUGCUGGAGGACGUUGCAUUCUCUACCUCCACCGUUGUGAUGGACAUGACGACUGUGGGGACUUGAGUGAUGAGAGGGGGUGUGUGUGUGUACCAGGAGAAUUUCAGUGCCCAGGUGAGCAGUGUGUCCCCGCAGACAGAGUAUGUGACGGCAACAGAGACUGUCCCUCUGGUAUAGAUGAAGCUGUUUGUCCAAGUAAAGUGACUUGUGCUCCUGGGCAGUUUGCCUGCAGAGAUGGAACAUGUGUUUCCAUAGCUACGCUGUGUGAUGGGACAUCAGACUGUCCAGGUGGAGAUGAUGAGAAUACAACCGUUUGCUACUCUAGUACAACAACACCACCACGACCACAUGUCACCCCGGUUAUGCCCACUUCAGUUUGUAGGUCCUAUGAGUUCAGCUGUGCCACUAAUGGUCAGUGUGUGCCUCAGGCCUGGCGGUGUGAUGGUGAGACAGACUGCAUGGAUGGCAGUGAUGAGCAGCAGUGCAGCGCCCCCUGUGGUCCUGGCCAGACUCCUUGUCUCAGUGGGGACCAGUGUGUUGACCACCAACAUCUCUGUGAUAGGAUUCCACAUUGCAGCGAUGCCUCAGACGAGAGCAUAGACCACUGUGGAUCUAGCCAGAUUCCUCCGUGUCCAGGAAGCUUCUCAUGUGACAACCGCACCUGUGUGAAUAUGUCACAAGUCUGCAACGGCAUCCCAGACUGUCCACGCGGUGAUGAUGAGUUGCUCUGUGAAAAGACUGUCUCACCAGUGCCCCCUGGUGGUAGGAACGCCACUGUCUCUUGCCCUGAAUUCACCUGUACGGAUGGAUUCUGUAUCCCUUUCAACAUGGUUUGUAAUGGUGUGGCAGACUGUGUAGACUCAUCAGUGGCACCACCUGGGGGCGCCACAGAUGAGCAAGGCUGCAGAACUUGGAGCUCCUGGGGUCAAUGGAGCCCCUGUAGUGCCUCCUGUGGGACAGGCUCCAUGAGCCGGCUGAGAACCUGCCCACCAGGAGACCUUCUGCACCGCUGUCAGGGACAGGAUGUCCAGAGGCAGCAGUGCUUCAACACCACCUGUCCUGUGGAUGGUCAGUGGCUUCCUUGGGUGAUCUGGUCAAACUGUUCCAGUGGCUGCGGUGGAGUCCAGGUCAGACAGAGAGACUGCAUCCCUCCUCGAAAUGGAGGUCGAGGCUGUUCUCAGCUUCCUGGACCAUCAAACCUAGCCAUGGAGAUUAAACCUUGUCCUGACAACGGAUGUGACAACAGCAGCUGUCCCAGUGGGCAGGUGAGACACAGCUGUGCUCCCUGUCCAGUGUCCUGUGCCCACAUCAGCAGUGGGACAACCUGUGAGCCCACAGCACCCUGCUUCUCAGGAUGCUGGUGUCCAGAAGGUCAGGUGAUGAGUCAUACACAACAAUGUGUGUUACCAGAGGAGUGUGUAUGUGAGGUCGCAGGUGUGCGAUACUGGCCAGGCCAGCAGAUGAAAGUGGACUGUGAAAUUUGUGUUUGUGAGAGAGGAACACCUCAGAGAUGUCAGCCCAAUGCAGAAUGCUCAGUGCACUGUGGUUGGUCGUCGUGGUCUGAGUGGGGCGAGUGUUUGGGGCCCUGUGGUGUCCAGAGUGUUCAGUGGUCUUUCCGGAGCCCAAAUAACCCCAUCAAACACGGAGAUGGGAGAACAUGUAGAGGAAUUUACAGGAAAGCUCGCAGGUGUCAGACAGACCCCUGUAAUGAGUGUGAGUUCCAGGGUCAGGCUCAUGCUGUUGGAGACAGAUGGAAGUCUGACCACUGCCAGUUAUGCCAUUGUCUGCCCAACCUUACAGUGCACUGCUCCCCCUACUGUCCAUACACUGUCACUGGAUGCCCACAGGGCCAAAUUCUAAUGCCUGGAGAAGGAGAAAGAUGCUGCUACUGCCAAGAAGGAAAUGACAUCAUUCUUGUGACAAGUGCUCCUCCCAUUGCAACCACCAAGCCAGCGGAGGGCACUACACCCCAGGUUCCCACAUAUCCACUUCCUCCUGGAGAUGACUGUUGGUCUCCUCUGGGUGUUCAGACUCUGCCGGUCUCAAGUUUCAGUGCCUCUUCACAGCAGACUGGUCAUCCUCCUGAGGCAGCUCGCCUGCAUGGAUGGGACCAUCACACAGAGCUCCAGGGUUGGAGUCCAGAACCUGAGGAUUAUAAGGACCUGCCCCAGCAAAGUCCUGACGGUCACAGCAGCAACUCAAAGGGCCCUUAUCUGCAGAUAGACCUGCUGCAACCAUACAAUAUCACUGGUUUGUUAACCCAGGGUGGAGGAGUGUUUGCUACAUUUGUGUCCAGUUUUUACCUCCAGUUCAGCCAGGACAGCAGACAGUGGUACACUUACAAAGAGUUUGUCACUGACGCCCGACCCAGAGCCAAGGUGUUUCUUGCAAACCGCGAUGAUCGUGGAGUGGCUGAGAUCAGAUUGGACAGGAUGGUGUCUGCUCGGUUUGUACGUCUGCUUCCACAUGACUUUCAGAAUGGCAUCUACCUUCGACUUGAGAUUAUGGGCUGUGGCGAUGGUCAUGGCUGGUUAACCACCUCCACCCCUCCGUCGUCUGUGUCUCCAGAGGGUGGCUGCAGAGGGAAGGAGUUCCAGUGCACAAAUGGUCGUUGUGUGCCUGCGGGUCCACUGGGAGUUGUCUGUGACGGAGUCAAUGACUGCGGUGAUGGAUCAGAUGAGAUGCAGUGUGGUACACUGCCCUCACCUACUGCCACCAGUCCACGCAGCUGCCCUGCUGGGCAGUUCUCCUGUCCUCCACCAGGGGGCUGCAUUGAGGCAGGGAAACGCUGUGAUGGUGUCUUCCACUGCCCCAAAGGAGAGGAUGAAACUGGCUGCCACCCACAUGACAACAUGACUACUCAGUCAGACAGACCAUACACAGCCGCUCCUCUCAUGACUCCAUCCAUGGCUGCUGUCACUCAUCCCACAACAACCCCAGCAAGUGGUGGCCCAGGAUAUAGGGAUAUCUGCUCCUCUCCCCUUGGACUGGAGGACGGGCGGAUUAGAUACGGUCAGUUGACGUCAUCCUCACAUCGGGAGAACAACCCAGCUGAUGCUGGACGACUGAACAUCAUCCCUAAUGUUCAGGUUAUGGAGCCUGGAUGGAGUCCCUUACCUACAGAUGCCCAGCCAUAUUUUCAAGUGGACUUCCUGGAGCCCAUGUGGGUGUCAGGUGUGGUGACGCAGGGCAGUGAGAGGAUGUGGGGUUACCUCACUAAAUACCGCCUGGCCUUUGCUCUGCACACCAACCUCUUCACAGAUUUCACUGACAGUGGGAAACCUGGUCGCCCUGCUCAGGUGUUUGAGGUGCGGAUGGUCGGCAGGAACCCGGUGACCCGAUGGCUCGAUCGGUUAGUCAGAGCUCGCUACCUGCGCAUCAUCCCUGUGGAGUUCAGACACACCUUCUACAUGCGUGUGGAGAUCCUCGGUUGCAGAGGAGAUGAGCUGGUGACUCCGAGCAGCAUGACCUCAUCUCCCUCUGGUGGUGGUAAAGUGACAGUGCGGCGCUGUAAGCCGGGCCAGUUUGCCUGCGAGCACAGUGAAGAGUGCGUCUCUGUCUCUGUGCUGUGUGAUGGACGAGCCGACUGCAAGGAUCACUCUGACGAGAUCAGCUGUGGUACAGCUCCAACCAGAGGCUCUCCCGGGCUCCAGAACCAGACCAGCUCUGCCGGGAGACCCGGUUUCCAUGGUGACAGUACAACGGGUGCCCCAGGCCUCCAUACGACUAAGUCACAAGGUGGCCUUCCUGGUGUGGUUACACCAGAGGUCACAGGUCACCCUGGACUUCACAAGACCACAACUCCAAGUAGCAGCCACUGGACCACAAAACUUCCUGUGUACCCAGGGGUCACGACAGGUCAGCCUGGACUUCACCUCAGUACAACCCUGGGCUCUGGAAGACCUGGUUUACAAACCACUAAAGCUCCGUGGAUCACCACAGCUCCUGAUGAUGGUGGUUUACCCAGAGUGCUUUGUGUGGAAGGUCAAUUUGCGUGUCACUCACUGGGCUGCGUGGACUCUGCUCAGGUGUGUGACGGCAGGCGGGACUGUGUGGACGGGUCAGAUGAGCAGCGCUGUGGCACAACAGCCAGACCAAUGGUGACGUCACAGCGCCCCCUGGAGCCCUUCCCAUGUUCUCCUAAGCAGUACCCCUGUAACAGUGGGGAGUGUGUGCACCAGGAUCGCAGGUGUGACCUCCAUAAGGACUGUCUGGAUGGCUCAGAUGAGAAGGACUGUGUGGACUGCAUCAUGUCCAUGUGGACAGCGUGGAGUGCGUGCAGUGUGUCCUGUGGUCUGGGUUCUUUGUUUCGUCAGAGAGACCUCCUGAGGGAGGCUCUGCCUGGCGGAGCGUGUGGUGGAGCACAGUUCGACAGUCGCGCUUGUUUCCCUCGGGCGUGUUCAGUGGAUGGUCAGUGGUCAGAGUGGUCGGAGUGGUCAGAGUGCGACGCCGAGUGUGGGGGUGGAGUCAGGCGCAGGAACAGAACCUGCUCGGCCCCCCCGCCUAAGAACGGAGGGCGAGACUGUGAGGGCAUGACCCUGCAGGCCCAGAGCUGCAACAGCCACGUCUGCAGCAAAGACGUCGCCACACAAACAGGUUGUGCCAAUGGGAUGGUGUUGGUGACAGAGUUAGACUGUCACACUGGCAGAGUCGAUCCUUGUCCUCCCACCUGCUCACAUCUCAGCCUGACCAACAACUGCACCACUGAGUGCAUUCUGGGGUGUCGCUGUCCCGUUGGUCUGUACCUUCAGGACGGACGAUGUAUAAAUGGCAGCCGGUGUGUUUGUCAGUGGGACGGUCAGACACUGCAGCCAGCACAGACGGUCAGCAGGGACCAGUGCACCACAUGUGUGUGCAGGGACGGCCAAGUCACCUGUGACAACUCCAGCUGUGUGUCGAGCUGUGUGUGGUCAGCCUGGUCGUCAUGGUCACCGUGUGAUGUAACCUGUGGUGUGGGUCUACAGCAUCGUUACAGGUCUGCAGUGAACCCAGCAGAAGCGGUCAGAGUCCAGUCCUGUGCAGGAGACUCCACUGAGGCCCGCAGCUGCUCCAGCUCCUGCCUCCCAGCACUACCAGAUGGAGUUUGGAGUAAAUGGAGCAGCUGGUCUGAGUGCAGCAAGACGUGUUUCACGCUGGUCGACGAGGUGGGAAUCAGACGACGUUUCCGCAGCUGCAAACACGCACACACGCACACACCGCUCAACCACACACACACUGGCUGUGAGGGUGACAGUGAAGAGCAAGAGCCUUGCAACACAGUUCAGUGCCCAGUGAAUGGCGGCUGGUCAGCGUGGUCGGUGUGGUCUCAGUGUUCCUCUGAGUGUGACUCUGGUGUUCAAACCAGAGAGCGAUUGUGCAGUUCACCAUCACCACAGCAUGGGGGCAGCAGCUGUUCUGGGCCACAUAUACAGACCAGAGACUGUAACUCUCACCCCUGCUCAGGUGUGUGUCCAGAGGGCAUGGUGUAUCUGACAGCAGCUGAGUGUGAAGCUCAUGGCGGCGCGUGUCCACGAGUAUGUUUGGACCUGACCUCGACAGACGUGCAGUGUGCCACUGCCUGUUAUGACGGCUGCUACUGUGCCUCAGGCUUCUACCUGCUGAACAGCAGCUGUGUGCCUCUGGCACGCUGCCCCUGUUACCACCAGGGGGAGAUAUAUCCAGCCGGCGCCACUCUGCUGGCUGAUGCCUGUAAUAACUGCACCUGCACUAAUGGAGACAUGGUGUGUGGAGCCGCCCCUUGUCCUGUGGACUGUGGGUGGAGCAGCUGGACCCAGUGGAGCUCCUGUAGUCGAACAUGUGAUGUUGGCGUGAGGAGGAGGUAUCGCUCAGGAACCGACCCUCCUCCGGCGUUUGGUGGUCGUGCCUGCAGAGGAGACAGAGUUGGGAUUGAUACCUGCAGCAUUGAACCAUGCUUUGGUUUGAAGGAGCCGUGGAGCACGUGGUCCGAGUGCUCAGUGACGUGCGGAGGAGGAUACAGAACCCGGACCCGAGGACCCAUUAGAGUCCACGGCACCGCGCAGCAGUUCAGCGCCUGUAAUCUGCAGCCCUGUGGUGACGGCCGAGUGUGUCCUCCAGGCCAGCAGUGGAAGCCGUGUGUGAUGGGACCAGUGUCGUGUACUGACCUCACCAUGGACCUCAGCAGGAACUGUACACCAGGCUGUCAGUGUCCACAAGGCACUUUCCAACAGGGUGGCGUGUGUGUGCGAGAGUCUGACUGUGGCUGUGACAUCGACGGACAGCAGCACAGACCAGGAGACCUCGUCCCAAAAGACUGUAACAACUGUACCUGUGAAGCUGGGAGGCUGGUGAACUGCUCUCAUCACAGCUGCAGUGUCGAUGGCCACUGGUCCAUGUGGACUCCCUGGGGUCAGUGUUCGGUGUCGUGUGGAGCAGGUCUCCAGUCUCGGUACCGGUUCUGUUCCAGUCCUCAGCGUUCUGGGAGUGGCCUGCCAUGUGUGGGACCUGACAGAGAAGACCAAGUCUGCAUCAACAUUCCAUGUGACCUCGAUGGAGGAUGGGCUCGGUGGAGUAACUGGACGGAUUGUACCAAGUCAUGCGGAGGGGGCAUUCGGAGCCGGAGAAGAGAUUGUGAUAGUCCCAGUCCAGAGGGGGAGGGAAACUACUGUGAGGGUCUGGGAACUGAAGUCGCAGCUUGUAACACCAACCACUGUCCAGUUGCACCAUGUUCUCAGGUUCCAGGCACAGCAUUCAGCAGCUGUGGUCCAUCCUGUCCUCGCUCCUGUGAUGACCUGUCACACUGUGAGUGGCGAUGUGAGCCGGGAUGCUACUGCACAGAGGGAAAGCUGCUGUCUGCUAAUGGGACGGUCUGUGUAGAGAGAGAGGACUGUCCCUGUCUGGACCUCAACACUGGACACUGGCUAGAACCAGGGGACGGCGUCACGGCCCAGGAUGGAUGCAACAACUGUACCUGUGAGGGUGGGAGCCUCAACUGCACCAGAGCCAUCUGUCCAGUGUCAGGCGGCUGGUGCGAGUGGUCAGACUGGACUCCCUGCUCCAGGACGUGUGGAGCCGAGUCUGUGUCCCGCUACAGGAGCUGUGGUUGUCCUGAACCCAAGGCUGGAGGAGCAGUCUGCUCUGGAGAACAGGAAAUACACAACGGAGUCGGAGUUCAAAUCCAGAGACAGCCCUGUCCUGUCAUCACCUUCUGUCCCGUCCAUGGUUCGUGGAGUCCGUGGUCGGUGUGGUUGGACUGUGAUGUCUGUGCCGGUUCCUCCACACGCACCAGGGAAUGUAACAGUCCUCCUGCUAGAUUUGGUGGUUUGCCCUGUCUUGGGGAGAGCAGGCAGAGCCACGGUUGUCAUGACAACAUCACCGUCUGCUCAGACUGCGGUGGAGGCCAGGAAGAGUGGCCUUGUGGAAAGCCCUGCCCUCGUUCCUGUUCAGAUCUCCAUGGAGACACGGUGUGCGUGGACUCCCCCGGGUGCAGCCGGACUUGCGGUUGUCCUGGUGACAUGGUCCUGCAGGAUGGAGUGUGUGUAGUUCGGGAGGAGUGUCGCUGCAAAUACCACAACAGCUCAGCUACUGGAGGCCUGGAUUCCAGCAAUGCAUCGUGGGUAUGGCCUGGUGGAUCUGAUUGGCAGUUUGCAAAUCCAGGAGACAGCGUCAUCAGUGACUGCAAAAACUGUUCAUGUGAGGCUGGGGUUCUACACUGUCACUCACUUCCUGGCUGCAAUGUUGAUGGUGCUUGGAGCCAAUGGGGAGCGUGGAGUGAGUGCUCACUUCCCUGUGGAGGAGGAGUGAAGUUCAGAGGACGCCAGUGUGAUAAUCCAUCGCCUCAGAGCGGAGGACGAGGCUGCCUGGGAGCUGCUGAGCAGCGGAGAGACUGUAACAUACACCUGUGCACAGACUCUGUGGGUCCGUGGCUGCCUUGGUCUCAGUGGUCCGUGUGUUCUGUCAGCUGUGGUGGAGGACAACAGUCGCGCUCUCGUCUCUGCAGCUUUCCACCCUGCAGCGGCCUCAGUCGCCAGAGCAAGACCUGCAACAGCCAGGUCUGCCUCGAGGUGGGCUGUCCUCCAGGCCGACUGUACAGAGAGUGUGAGCGCGGUGAAGGCUGCCCGUUCAGCUGCGCUCAGGUCAGUGGCAGAGAGGGCUGCUACUCUGAUGGAUGUGAGGAGGGCUGCCACUGCCCGCUGCACAGCUACCAACACCAAGGAGUCUGCCUGCAGGAGUGUCCAUGUGUGGUGGACAGAGACUUCCUGUUCUCCUUACAGAGUGUCUCUGUCACACCUGUGUCGGCUCUGCUGCUUUACAACAACAUCUCUGAGGGAAUGGAACUGUUUUCUGGAGACACGCUGGUUCAUGACUGCAGUUCAUGUGGCUGUGAACAUGGCAGGUGGAACUGUUCCUUGGAACAUUGUCCAGUGGACGGAGGUCUGUCCCCGUGGGGUCCAUGGAGUCCUUGUUCACUGUCCUGUGGAGGUCUGGGCCUGAAAACCCGCACUAGGGGCUGCACUCAUCCUGCUCCAGCACACGGAGGAAGAGAUUGUCAGGGUCCACGUCAGGAAACCACUUACUGUCAGGCCCCUGACUGUGCAGGGAUUGUUGGUCCAACAGAAGAACCAGUUUCACCAGAUGAGGAUGCUGGUUUCUCUCCUUGGUCCUCCUGGAGUCCCUGCUCUAAGACCUGCACUGAUGCUCUGAGACCGGCCCUGAAAGCUCGUCAUCGGCAGUGUGUUAAACCUCCAUGUUCUGGAAACUCUCAUCAAGAGAAGGCCUGUAACCUGCCUCAGUGUCCAGAUGGAAGUGAAGAUUGUGUGGGAGCUGAAUGUGUGAGGAGGAACUGCACAUGGACAGAGUGGGGGGAGUGGAGCUCCUGCUCACGGUCCUGUGGAGUGGGUCAGCAGCAAAGGAUCCGAACCUUCCUCAGCCCCGGGUCCAGCGGCUCGUGGUGUGAAGACAUCCUCGGGGGGAACCAGGCGCAGCGUUUUUGUAACAUCAGGCCCUGCAGAGUGGAUGGAGGAUGGUCUCGGUGGAGUCCUUGGUCCCGCUGUGAUAAGCGCUGUGGUGGUGGACGCUCUAUUCGCACUCGCUCCUGCUCCAGCCCUCCACCCAAGAACGGUGGGAAAAAUUGUGAAGGAGAGAAGAACCAGGUGAAACCCUGCAACACCAGACCCUGUGAUGAGAAAGGUUGCCCACCGGGUCAGGAGUUUGUGUCGUGUGCCAACCAGUGUCCACAGCGCUGCUCAGACCUGCAGCAGGGCAUAGAGUGCCAGGGUAACAGUGAAUGUCAGCCCGGCUGUCGCUGCCCUGAAGGCCAGUUGCAGCAGGAUGGGAUGUGUGUGCAGCUCUGGCAGUGUGACUGUGUGGACUCAGUAGGACAAAUGUGGGCGGCCGGGAGUUGGCAUCAGGUGGACUGUAACAACUGCAGCUGCUCUGAUGGUCGGCUCCUCUGCUCCAAUCACAGCUGCCAGGCUGCGUGUGUUUGGAGCUUGUGGUCCAGCUGGGCCUUGUGCAGUGUUUCAUGUGGGCGGGGCCAGAGAACCAGAUACAGGUCUCUGGUCCCAGAGGCUGAAGGUGCAGAUUGCCAGUUCGAGGAAGUCCAGCAUAAAUCCUGCAACCCAGGAUCCUGUCCACCCCUCUGUCUCCAUGACAACGAGGAAGUCGGCGUGGGACACACCUGGCUGCAGGGAGAGUGUAAACAAUGCACAUGUUCACCAGAGGGAAAUCACUGCCAGGACAUAGACUGCAGAGUGGAUGGUGGUUGGACCCCCUGGUCAGUUUGGACCGACUGCUCCGUGACCUGUGGACCGGGGACACAGAUUCGAACUCGCGCCUGCAUCAACCCUCCUCCAAGAAACAACGGCUCACACUGUAGUGGACCAGAGAGAGAAAGCCAGGAGUGUCAUACUUCUCCCUGUCUGGAUGACCUAUGCCCCUGGUCACCAUGGUCACCAUGUUCCCGAAGCUGUGGUGCGGGGUCUGUGUCGCGGCACAGGGUGUGUGUGUGUGAGGAGGGAGGUGACACUGUGUGUCCUGCUGAUGUUGAGGCUGAGAGGAACAGAGAGGAGAAUCAGCUCUGCUAUAAACAACCCUGUCCAGACUGUCCCAUGUCGCAGUGGAGCGUUUGGUCUCAGUGCUCCUGUGAGUCUCAGAGGCAGCAGCGCUACCGUGUAGCUCUCGUCCCAGCCACCAGGGGGCAACCAUGCACUCCUGUUGAAACACAGAGCAGAACAUGUAGCCUCAGUCAAUGUGCUGACUGUGAAGCCCCAUUUGUUUAUUCAAACUGUGGUGACCCCUGUGAGAAGCAGUGUGUGCUGCAGGGCCGUGGAGAUCUGUGUUCAGGAGCCGGGGAGUGUGUACCUGGCUGCUACUGCCCACAGGGUUUGCUGCAGCAGAAUGGAAGCUGUGUCCCUCCUGAAGAGUGUGGCUGCAUCCACCUGCAGCACCAGGCUUCAGGACGACCCCCUACACCUGUUACUGUCCCUCAGGGCCAUGCCGUCACCAUAGGCUGCAGUAGCUGCCUUUGCCAUGAUGGCACUUUACACUGUGACACAAGAGAGUGUGAAGUCAUCAUCAGUGAGUGGUCAGAGUGGACCCCCUGUUCCCCAUGUCAACCCUCCUCCUUCCUGCAGCACAGCACUUUACAACCUGGGCUCAGCAAUGGCACUAGAAUGUUGUCGGUCCAGAGGCGUUUCCGGGCCUGUUUGGACCUUGACUCUGGUUUUCCAGUCUCUAAAGAAGAGGAGAGCCAGUGUCCUGGGCCACUUGUGGAGGAGAGGCUUUGUCCAGAUGUUAACAUCUGCAGAGAUCUGUGUCAGUGGAGUAUGUGGAGUGCCUGGACAGCGUGUGCCGACCCAUGCAGCGGUGGAGUCAGGCAGCGCUACAGACGACCCCUGGCCUCUCCGCUGGGACCUCACUCUCACUGUAAGAGUCAACAGACGCAGAGCCAGAGCUGCAACACCGGAGUCUGCAUCGGCGAGCGUUGUGAGGACAGAAGACGGACGUACCACGAGAGCUGCGCUAACCAGUGUCCUCGCAGCUGCACUGACUUAUGGGAGCAUGUUCAGUGUCUGCAAGGAGCCUGUCAUGCAGGUUGUCGGUGUGCGGCGGGACAUCUGCUGCAGGACAGUCACUGUGUUCCUGUCACUGAGUGUCGCUGUGGUAUCCCAUCAGGCAAUGGGACACUGGAGUUCUUACCCAAACAAGAACUUACCAUGGACUGUAACACCUGUGUGUGUGACAACGGCACUCUGGUGUGCACCGAGCUUCCCUGCCCGGUUUAUGAGCCUUGGGCCACGUGGAGCUCCUGCUCAACGUCCUGUGGGCGUGGCCAGAGGACAAGGACACGCCUCUGCCAGGACACAGAAGGCGGUCCUUCCUGUGCUGAUACUGAGGAGACGGAGAGCUGUGACCUGCCUUCAUGUCCAGUGGGAUGUCUGCUGAGUGACUGGUCUCCCUGGACUCAGUGCACUUCUACGUGUGGUGGUGGGUUGUCCAUGCGGAACAAGACCGUCCUCAGAGAGCCAGAACCUGGAGGGACAGCCUGUGCAGGACCUUUAGAACAACAUACAGUGUGCAACACCAACAGCUGCCUAUCUGAGUGUCCCAGUGGACAGGUGUUCAGUGACUGUUCAGGUUCCUGUCCGUACACCUGUGAGGACCUGUGGCCAUUCACUCACUGUUUACUUGGACCCUGCACUCCUGGGUGUCGCUGUCCUCCUGGACAGGUGAUGUACGGAGGCUCAUGCAUGUCCCACACUGACUGUCCCUGCUCAGCACUGUCUCUGCCGCCUGCUUUCCAAAACCUGAACGUCAGCAGUGGUGAGACCACAGAAUCUCUGCUACCACCUGGAACAGCCAUUCAGCACCUCUGCAAUACAUGUGUGUGCCGCGGUGGAGCGUUCAGCUGUACCUCAGAGAGCUGUGAUGUGGACUGUGUGUGGUCCAGCUGGUCACAGUGGAGUCCGUGCUCCUCCAGCUGUGGUACUGGACAACAGAGCUCCACCAGAACGGUCCUGGAGUCCAGCAGAUAUGGAGGGGCCCCAUGUGAGGGCCCUGACCACCGCACCAGACUGUGCAUGGCCCCUGACUGUGUGUGUCCUGACGGGGAGCAGUGGAGGAGGAGGAGGAUCCAGUCAGUGGAGGUGGUCGUGCUGUGUGAGCGGAGCUGCCGGGACAUUUACUCUUCCCCUCCUGUCAACUGCACUCACUCUGCUGAGGGCUGCUUCUGUGAGGAGGGGCUUUACCGGAACAUGGAGGGUGUUUGUGUCAUCCCAGCCCUCUGCCCCUGCCAUGACCAGGGCAUCCAGAGAGAGGCAGGAUCAGAGUGGGACGAGGACUGCAUGUCCUGCCGCUGUGUGAACGGGGAGAAGCAGUGUCAGCUGAGGUGUCCUCCACUCCACUGUGACCAGGGGCAGGUAAAGGUGGAGGAAGCAGGCAGCUGUUGUCCAGUCUGUAGAAAGCAGUUUCCAGGUGAGCCAGUGGCAGAAUGUCAGCGCUACACUCAGGUGAGGAACAUCACCAAAGGGAGCUGUCGCCUGGACAACGUGGAGGUCAGCUUCUGCAGGGGACGAUGUCUGUCCAGGACUGAUGUCAUCCUGGAGGAGCCGUACCUACAGUCAGUGUGUGAGUGCUGCAGUUACCGUUUAGAUCCUGACACUCCGGUGCAUUUCCUCAGCCUGCAGUGUGAGAAUGGAGAGAGCGAGCCCGUGGUCCUGCCUGUCAUCCACAGCUGCGAGUGCACCAGCUGUCACGGAGGUGACCUGUCCAGACGCUGAGGGUGUGUGUGUGUGUGUGUGUGUGUGCGUGUGUGUGUGUGCGUGUUAGAGACAGUGAGAGCAGGAUGAAGGCGCAUACAGUGGAUUAUGGGAUGGAUACGUUGUUGUCGUCAUAUGACUGGAGGCUCAUCUGCUAAUCUCGCUAACCUGUACAGCUUUGUUUUAAAUAUAACUUUUAAUAAUUAUUUAUAGACCCUUUUAUGCUUUUAAAUGCUGUUUGUGUUCAUUAGUGUUCAAAGAACACGUCUGUGUUUUAUACCUUUACAAAUCCCAGUGAACGUGGGUUUUUUUUAACAGUGAUGACAUUUUCUGUCUUUGAUCAUAUUUAUGUACAGUUAUCAGAAUGUUUUAUAAUUCCCUGUAACUUAUACUUCAAUUGUAGAUGUAGAAACACUUGUGGAACGUGUGUUUUGUAAUGAAUUAAAAGUUUGAAAUGGA